AUCUUUCGAAUCCGUCAGUGCGUCGGAAUCUUAGGUGGCAGACCUGGUCACGCGCUUUGGAUCAUUGGGGUAGCCGGUGAUUCCGCAAUUUGCCUCGACCCACAUGUAAAUCAGCCCUUCCAGCGCAUACCUCACUUUCCACCCUCAGACCCCACAAGUUCGACAGCGACAACAGCAACAUCUGCCUCAUCUCCUCAAUGUGCCUAUUUGCAGCCUGACCAUACCUACCAUUGCGCCCAGCCUAUUUGCGUUCCUCUCGAGCGUCUUGAUCCAAGUAUUGCACUUGGUUUCGUUUGCCCAACGCUAAGUGAUUUCGAAGAGUUCUGUGAUACUUUGACUAAACUUCCUUUGGCCAUGGAAGAUGUCCGGAACAAGUCCGAUACUAGUACCAGCAACAAUAGUGGGUUCGUUGUCCGAAGUGAUACAAAACCUAAUCAGUCUUCGCCUUCGACCAGUCUGACCCCUCGGAUAAUUGAGUCACCUGUGCACAGAAGUCAGUCUUUCUUUUCCCUUUUCGAAAUCCACCCUACCAGGCCAGCAUACUUGCCUCCUUUUCCAGGCCUUUCCUCGACAGCCGACUUCACAAAUAUGCUGGCUAGCCCGAGUACUGGUCUUCUGGUGUCCGAUUCUUGCCAAAAAAAUUCAGUUCCCUCAGCCUCAGAGUUACUACAAAGCCAGCAGCAAUUUAUCUGCUCAUUUACCUCUGAAGCCAAAUCGAUUACAUCUGUCGACAGUGAUAUCAUUAGAAGUAAGCUAUUUAUUUAUCAAAAGUAG